AUGUCAUUAGAAUCUAAUGGUGUAAAAACUGAAGCCAUGAUUCAUAAUAAUAUUUAUUUUGACCCAUACAAACCUUUAGAUAUAAUUCCCUUAAAACCAUUAUCUUUAAAACGCCAAACACAGUUAUUUAAAGAGAUUCACCCUUACAUACAUGAUCCUUAUAAGGAUGAAUUAUGUUUUGCUCCAAAUAAACAU